UCGCGAAAUAAAAGUGCAGAAACAAGCCGGUGGCUCCCAGAGCGGCCGGGGCGGGCGCGGCGGGAGCCCCCAGCGCAGCGCGGAGCAGAGCGCGGAGCAGAGCGCGGAGCCCACCGGAGCCCACCUGCCCCCGGGACUCGGCAUCGCCCGGCUCUUCGCUCCGCGCCUUCUCCCCCCCCGCCCCCCGCGUACUGAGACCGUGAUACAUAUAUAUUUUUAUCCCUCCCCCCGGCUUUUCCUCCAGGACUUUUCCACCGCCUUGGGACACCCGCAAACUUCUCCCUCGCUCCCCCUUCCCUCCCGCCCCUCCUUCGCUGGUGGUUUUGUGCUUGUUUUGGUUUUGUUUUGCUUUUUUUCUUUUUUUUUUUUUUUUUUUUUUUUUCCCCCGUGGAGGGGGAGAAGACCCACCCGCCUGCCUUUCGCCUCCCGCGCCCCACCGGAGAGGCCGGGAGCGGCUCCGGCAGCGCGGGCAGCACCUCCCCGGCGCACCGCGUGUGAGCCCGGCCCGGCUCGGCGCGGCCCGGCGCGGCUCGGCACGGCUCGGGCGCUCGCCCCCGAUAAUGCAGAGCUACAAGUACGAUAAGGCGAUCCCGCCGGAGAGCAAGAAUGGGGGCAGCCCGGCGCUGAACAACAACCCGGCCAAGAGCAGCAGCAAGAAAGCCCUGCUCAUCUGCCUCGACUUCCUCUGCCUCGUCAUGGCGGGGUUGCCCUUCCUCAUCAUUGAAACGAGCACAAUCCAGCCCUACCAGCGGGGCUUCUACUGCGAUGACGACAGCAUCAGGUACCCGCUGAAGACGAUGGAGACUAUCAAUGAUGCAGUGCUGUGUGCUGCGGGCAUCCUCAUCGCUAUCCUCGCUAUUAUAACGGGAGAGCUCUACCGCAUCCACUACCUGAAGGAGAAAUCACACUCCUUUAUCCAGAACCCCUACGUGGCGGCUCUUUACAAGCAGGUGGGCUGCUUCGUUUUCGGCUGCGCCAUCAGCCAGUCCUUCACAGACAUUGCCAAAGUGUCCGUCGGGCGCUUGCGGCCGCAUUUCCUGGAGGUUUGCGAUUUGGAUUUUUCCACCAUCAACUGCGCUAAGGGAGUUUACAUCCAGAACUACACCUGCAGGGGAAACGACAGCAAGGUCCAGGAAGCCAGGAAAUCCUUCUUCUCCGGGCACGCGUCCUUCUCCCUCUACACCAUGCUGUAUUUGGUGUUUUAUCUGCAGGCCAGAUUCACGUGGAAGGGAGCCCGCCUGCUCCGUCCCCUCCUCCAGUUCACCCUCAUCAUGAUGGCAUUUUACACCGGCCUGUCCCGCGUGUCGGACCACAAGCAUCACCCCACCGACGUGCUGGCGGGCUUUGCCCAGGGAGCCCUGGUGGCUUACUGCGUGGUGUUUUACGUCUCAGAUCUCUUCAAGCCCAAGACAAAGACUUGCCUGCCUCCACCGCCCAUCCGGAAGGAGAUCCUUUCACCUGUGGACAUCAUUGAGCGGAAUAACCAUCACAACAUGGUGUAGACCUUUGAGAAAUUGGAUGGGUGUUGUAUUUUUAUUUUUUUAAUAUUUUUUUUUUUUU